AUGGAGGCGGAUGAGUAUUUCACAACCUACGACGCUUUACACGACGUAUGUUUCAACGAUAUUUUCAUUUUUUAGAUCAGAAUUUCAGAAAAAAGAGAGCACAGUCAGAAGACAGUUAUCCCUACCGAUAAACGAAUGUUGCGGGAUUAUGAAGAUAAUUUGGAGCCAAUUCGAUUUCAUGACAGGUCCGGAGAUGAAGUUCUUGUGGGAGGUGAGCAUGAGUUCCUCGGCCUCAUCUGACGACACAAGCAGGUGACCCCAUCAACGAAUCUCUCACCAGCAAAUAUGAGCGGCGAGGACUGCUCCGUGGCUGACGCCGAGAGCUUGAUCGACUCCAACGCCUCCAACCAGUCGGUCAACUUCGAGGAUAUUGACGAUCCCCUCAAGGUAUUCCGGAAACAGAUCUUCCAUGAGCUCACUUCGGCGUUAUCAGACAGAGUUAACCAUUUUCGGCGGACUCGAUGACAGUUUUUUGGAUUCCUCAUUUUCUAAUUUCAACAUGGAGAGCGGGGAUUGUCACUUGAAGGUGAGCCAUUUUUUUCCACCAUUAUAUUCAAUUUCAUCAUCAUAUUCCUAUCUUUCCAUUCCAACUUUCAUAGAGUAAUCAGUUUUUUGGAAGUAUUUCUGGGGUAUUCAAAGGUACACAAGACUUGCAAAACAACAGUGAUAAGAGUUUUUCACCUUGAUAGUUUCAAGAAAUUAGUUAGUAUUCUGUUGUAAGCCGCGGAAGAGUUUUUUUGAUGUAUUUUUUUAAUAAAAAAAUUUUUCUCAAACCCUCAUCCUGCACUGUUAAAUUCGAUAAUUUUGAGUAUUUGGACGAAUACAUGACGGAAAGUCGAACGACGUGCACAACAACCAGCACCAAAACUCUAACCAACGAUGAUUCGCGCUUUUUCGCGAGUUUUCUUUUCUUUUUCAUAUUUCUGAGCCGAAUCGUUUAGGACAGUCCUGACUCCAGCGCGAAGUCUCUUCGGGACGAAGGCUUCGAUGUGGCUUGCGGCCUCGAUCCCGCUCCCAGCUACUUGGUUUGACCCUUCUUGCUUUUGAACCUUUUCUCGAAGUUCGCAAAUGCUUUUCGUGUUUAAGGAGCUCUAUUCAAUGUUUCCUUGCAGAACGCUUCCUCUCCUUGCGUCGCAACGUCUCCCUUUAUGGAAAGCGCCGAUUUGCAAAGAUUGCUUGCGGAGCGUUAUCCUGAAGACGAAAGGUGAAUCAUCGCCUCAUUUCCUAUAUCUUUUUUUGUUUAAAGGUCCUUCGGAUGCUUGAGAGAUGAAGAUAGAAUGUUCAAAGAUCUUUGUACGGACGAGAUUCCUAAUGACGAUGGUCUGAUGUUUUAGAAAAAUAGUGAAAACCUUGAGAUUCAGCUUUGAAAAGGUCCUGUGUGGACUCUGGAGUGGGGGUUUCUACACACAGCGACUUGAGUGCGCUCUGCCGAACUCCGCCUGCCGAACUCGAAGGUAGAACGACAAGUAACUCCAUCGAAUCGGCUACUAGCAAUGCGUAGGCGUUUUUUCACUUAUCUGAUCUGUUUUGUGUUGUUUAAAAAAGGAACGAAUAAGAGUUGAAGCUGUCUUUUUGAAACUUCGAAAGAAUUUUUUUGUACAGAGGAAUUCUAAUAUGACGUUCAGAAAACUGCCGAUUUUUUUUUUCGGUCUCCUACAUCUGAUUUCAUUUUGUACUUAUGCAAAGAAAGCUUUUGACCAAAACUUGCGAUAAAAAGCGCUAGAGAGUUCAAAAAAACUUUCCAGAAACUCAUUUCAAUGUCUUUUUGAUUUUUUUACCUCUAUGUAAUGAUUUAAUUCCCACUCGCGUUUUCAAAGUUUAUUUUUUGCAUUAUAAAAAAAGCGUUAAACUAAGAAGUGAGCCCAGAAAGAUAGAAAAAAAGGCUCUUGAGAAGCAUUAACUAUUAUCAUGAAAAAUUGACAUUCAAUUGAAACGCAUUCAUUUCUUCUAUACUUUCUUUUUGUUUUAAACAAUCUUCUAUUCAUUUUUUUAGUUUCACUCGAUUAGAGAACGGCCGUUUACGAAAAUGCAAUGACGAGAAGAAAAGACCGUCGCUACUUGAUGGAUUCUUCGAUUUUUCGGAAACCUUUCUCACCGACGAACAAUUUGUAACAAAAUGUGUAUUAGCCGAGCAGAUUUGCAGGUAAGUUAUCUAAAAAAUAUUUAUCUUCUAACUUCAAAAAAAAAAAGCUCCAGUUCACCACACUCGCGCUGUCCGGUUCAGCACAAGUUGAUGAUUUCACGAGCCCGUCAUUUGAUCAUUUCCUCGUACAUAUUUUCUGCUCAAAUGCGCGAUUCCAACACGAUCACCUAUGCAGUCUCUUUUCUGAUGCCUCAGGAGAGGUUCGGACUUUUCUCUCGGCUUUUUAUCGAGUGAAUUCCAGACAGCACUGGUACAUGGAGCGACAGCAGUGGUUUGAGAGAAUUAUUUGCGACACCGUACCCAAACUGAAAGCCUCCCUUUUCGCUGUGAGAGUUCAAUUUCUAAAUAAAAAUGAAUAAUAAAUCGACAGUGUUGAUAGAAUUACUAGGUUUAAUUAACAGGAAAGAAGGCCUUUCAGAUAUUGGUUUCAAUGCUCUUUUCGUUUAGCUAUGGAUGGCUACUUUUGCUUUUAAAAAUUUCAAUCUUUUGUAUUUGGAUUCCCUAAUAGAUUUCCAAGGUCAUUAACGAUUUCGAAGGAAAGAAAAAAAAACUCAGAAGAAAUAUCAAACAGGAAGAACCAACCAGUGUUUUUCCUGGAAUUGCACAGAAGAAAAGGACUAAUCUUAGGAAGACGCCGACGACGUCUUGGUUCGUGCGACUUCAGAGUUGACUCGGGUCAUGUCGUUGCUCUCCGCUCUGGAACGCUUCGCACUAGUUUCAGUGGAUCGGCCUUUGAUGGUUUGUAUGAAAAACUAGAACAAAAUAUAAACGAAUGAGAUGAAUAAAAAGUCCAACCGUCGUUUUUAGGUGAAAAACAGUCUUUUCACUGAGAAAGGGACAUCGCUGACCGAAAAUCGUCUGCUGGCGAGGGCCAUUUCCGGAUGUCUCCAGAGCCAGGGACACUGCGUCCUCAUCGGAUCCGAUCCGGCGCUUCUUUCAAGAGUUUGAAAUCCCUUCAAAGUUGCUCCACAACGUUUUUUGUUUCAAGCUCAUGUACACGUUGGCUUUUUUUGUUCCGGAGGAUUUCCAAUGGUGCUGCCUUCGUCCUUAUCGACAUAAGUAUAAUCCUUAUGUUCGGCUUCAAGUUGUCAGAAGGGUUUGUUUUCUAUUGUUACACUAUAUACUUCUGCUUGCCCCUUUUUUCAAAAGUUCACGGAAUUCCCAGAAGAAAAAGAAAUCAUCUUGGUGUUAGCAUAUUUUGAACUCUUUUCUCAACAACCUAUAGUCAAUUUUUCCCAAAUUUCAAGAUAUGGGCAGGCUAGCCAAGUUUUUUGAUGUCGCGCCGCGGCUUUUGCUAGGAAAAUUGAGGUCAAACCGGAGCUAAUUUUUUUUUGUCUUUUUCUUAUCGCCACGAAUGAAAUCUUUUUUGAAGGGUUAUUUUUAUGGCUGUCCAAACAAGCUCAGAAUUUUUUUUUACAUUCCUUAUUUUUGAACUUUUGUAAGGCGAGGAUUAAAAUAUAGACAUCGAGAAAUUUCAUGUAGAACUAUAAAAAAAUGAGAAAAAUCAUUGAAAAAUCAUCAAUCAAUAUAUCAAUAUUCAUUGGUUGUUUUAGUCAGGUGGAAUCGAUCAUCAAAAAAAAGAAAAAAAAAUGAAAAGGUGGCUCGCGUUUGAUCUCGAGUUUCGUGUAUGAAAUAUGGGAUUUCAAUUCAAGUCGUCUACUCCCUCGAAAAUAAAUAUGAAUCGAAAAAGCUUCAUGAAAGCUUAUAAAUGGGGCCGAAUCUGCGCAUUAAAAAAAAGUUAUGCUUUUGCAAAAUAUAAAAUCUCCAGUCGGAGCUGCCUACUUUGGUGUUGAACGGGACUGGCAGUGGGUGGCCGAUCUGCGUCAUCGACAUAGAUCGUUCCGCUGUUUGUAUGUCGGCGCCGUACAAUCGACAUCGUCUUUUGAGGUUAUUUUUCUACUAAUAUUUAUUGUGAAAGAAUAGGUGAUAUUCGCUCAAAAGGUGAUUUAUAGAGAAUUAUUGAUUGUAAAGAUUGAAACGCAACUUGAUUCUAGGGCUAAAAACGAUUCGAGAGGCGUCCGUCUGAUUCUGGAGCACGCCGGCGUCAUGUCGAGUUCUUCUGCGAAGUCAUCCAAGGCUCCGCAACUGUAACUGAUCUAGUCUUUUUUGAAUUAUUUUUUCAAUUUAAGAGAAUUGUCGACAUGUCGAGUUUUGGAAUGCGUCUCAACUUUUCUGAAGCGAAUGGAUCAAUUGCCUAUGGAGGUUUCCGUCACCUGUCUAGUUCUCCGGGAUGUAAUGAGACUUCAGGAAUCUGUUCGACGUGGUUUCUGUGCGCAACUUUCUCUCUACGUUAACAAUGUUGCCGAGGCGUUCAUCACCUAUGUUCGAGAUAGCAGGUUUCUUUAUGAUCCCUAGUGAAGUUAUUUCGGUCACUAAAUCACGCGUGAGUCAAUAAAUUCAAUUCUCAUGCAGUUUUCGAAGUAACUUCUGCGGAAUGCGAAAUUUUCUCUGACUCUCCAAAAUUUAGCUAUUUCUUUAUUUUAUCUGACGAUUAUUCUGGAUUUCACGGGAGCUUUGAACACAGCAUCAAGUCUUCUACUUUUUUUUUCCACAUCAUUUUGAUUGUUUUUCACGGAAAAACAAUAAUUUUUCAAAACAAUUUUUUUUACAAUUCUCUCUUAGUAAAAUCAUUUUGAGUGCUCCACGAGACGAUGAAAAGGAGUGUGGAACUCGAAGCAAGCGAUUUUCGCUCUCAGAAUGCCGCAAAGCCUUAGAUCUGACGCAGGACGCCUGGUUCAACGCGGUUUUGGCUCGAGCUGAUCUGCUCAAACCGGAAAUCGCCGAGUUUGUAUACAUGUAAAUUGAUGAUGUUUUUAUAGUCUUCAAGGUGCUUAUAUCAGUUCAAUUUCUUUUUAUAGUUUAUCGCAUAAAUCUCACUUGUGAUUAGUCAUCCUUUACUAUUUGACCUCGGAAUCUCUUCAAAAAUCCCUAGUCUGUUGGAACUUUCAAUUUCCUUACAUAUUCAGUUUUUGUAUUGCUCCUUUUUUCUUGUGCUCUUAUCUGAUUCACUUACUUAUCAAUUGACUGGAAGUAUUUUCGUGUCCUUAUUAGUUUUGCCUUACUUUUCUUCAAUUCUACGGUGGAAAAAAAGUCUAACUUGAUAUUUUGUGCCUCAAAAUUUCACAAUAACUGAGUUGUGCAUAAUAAUCGUGUUUGGGUUCAUUUUAUUGUAAUCAAAUUUGCUUGUUCGUAUUAAUUUCUCUGUGUAUCUUCAGAUUGCAUUUUAACUUCUAAUACAUUUUUAUACAUUUGAAGAGUCAUACUAGAAAAAAAGAAAAAGCAAGGAAAAUCAUGAAAAAAGUCUUCGCCAUUUUGCUCUGUGUUUUAGUUAUUUGAAAUUGAUACAUUUUUUUCAGAAAGUAAUGAUAAUUUAAAAAAAUAGAAACUUUGUCCCGAAAUAAGCGUAGGUUUUGAAAUUUGUUCCAAGACCCUAAAAGUGAGUUUAUUUUUGAAAAAAAGGAUUUUUAAGUGAUAUUUUCUAAUAAUUAUUUUUUUGAUGAAGGAUUCUCAUUUUGCUCAAUUUUUCCCUAGAAUGUACUUGAGACCUCCUCAGGAGUUUGAGCAUUCUAACAUUGUUCUGACAAAGGAAAUGACGACCACACAAAUUGCACUUCGCAAUGUCUAUAAAAGGGAACAGUGUUGAACGAUUGAUGAUUCCAGUAAAAAUUGUGUUUGCGGCCGCCCCGAUAAGAAGAUCAUGCAAAUGACCGUAGGCGACAGCGCGAGUCACCCGAUGUCAUACCACCGAGAAUGGGAUCGUCGGUGGCCGAUUCGCUGCCGCUGCCGUCAGGAGCCUCGGUCAAGAAGGCUCCAGCCUCGAAGACUCUCCUUUACGCCGUCACUGCCGUUGUCGUCGCUCUCGUCCUACUAGUUCUGUUCGUCAACCUGCUUGGACGGGGCGACGUCGAGGCGGAAGAAACUUUUAAGAAUGAGACUCAGCCGUUCACAAACGACGAGUCUGCAGAAAGCAGCGAAGAGGAGGAAACGGAAACAAGCACCACUAUAAGAACCUCCACCAGCUCGAGCUCACAACUUCCAACAGCUCUACCACCUAUUGUGUUUCCGCCGGCGACAUUAGACAAUGUUACCACCAUUCCUAGAAGUUCAACGACAUCUAGAGAGUCCACAAGUCCUUCUUCUGAAUCAUCGACUAAAACUCCAGAAACGACCUCUUUCCCGACAACUGACCACACUCAUGUUCCUCCCUCGUCUUCAACGUCAUCCUCAUCUUCCUCCUCAGAAGAAGACGUCGUCGGCGAGUGCGAUCCUCAAUGUCGGUUCGUCCUUUUAUAAUUGAUUCUCUUCAACCUGAAGGCGCGAUAACUUCAGGAUUCACGUUGUUGAGACGGUGCCAAAGUUUGUCAAAUUCGGCCAUUUCAUUCACACUUUGGACACAUUCCGUGCCUGGAACCAAGCGCUUUCUUCAGCUCGCCAGUGAGUUGUUCGUUUCUCUCCCGCAGCAAUGCGACUUUUGAGAGAAAUCGACGUGUUCGCAUUCAAAAUGAACCUUCGCGGCGUUGACGUUCACAUCGACGCUGACAACUCGACUGCAAAGGUCUGCGAGAGAAAACUUGUCCCUAACAUUGGAUUUUCAAUUUGUACUGGACCCAUGAAAGAACUUUCGAAACAUUGUUAACGAGGUGAAAAGACUUUUUGAGGGGAAACUAAUCUACGAGUCUUUGGUGAAGAAAGCCGGAGAAGGGGUCAAGAUCAAGGUUAUCGACUGCGAUCCGCCGCUUUUGCCUGAAAACAACCGCGAUUCCCUCGAGUUGCAGAGACAUGGUUGCUUUAUUCUUCGAGAAAAAUCGAUCAAUCAGCUUGAAAAAGGAUUUAAUCGUUAAAAAAUUUAUUUAAAUGGGAGUAAUAGAUUGGAAGGAAAACGUUUUGAGCUUCCGAAAUUGACACUAUCCGUGUAGGUCCAUAAAUUAAUCGCGGAAACGAUCAAAGAUAGGUUUUCUAUUAUAUUUGAACUGAAAGGGCAGAUAUGUGUUAUAUUCGACUCGGCAUAAGAUGCUCCUCUGUUCCUUAAAGGAAGUUUUGCUAAAAAAAAGUAUAUCAAAAAGGGACUAUCUAUCCGACGACGACAAAUUCGUUAAAGCGCUGCGACGUGUUAUUAAAUAAGAAAAUUGAGGUCUGAUCGAGCGACGCGGUCUCGAGAUGAACGUGAUCAACGACGGCGGCGGCGGCGUGCAGCACAGCAAGAUGUUUGUUGUAGACCGACGUCAUCUCUACGUCGGCUCGAGCAAUUUCGAGUGGCGCACUUUCACUGAGGCAUCAUUUCCGAUCUAUAGGACUCUCUGAAGUUAAAUUGCAGAAACUCGAAGUUGGACUCAUGUUUGACAACUGCUCUUGUGUAGCCGAAGAAGCUGCUGAACUCUUCGAAAAUGUCUGGGAUUUUAUGGGUGGCAGUGGAAAAUUGGCCAAAAUUAGCUUCCAAUCUCACCGUAUCGGCGACGCCGUAGUUCAGUUGUUGGUGAGUAGUUUCAGUAGCGCAAAUGCAAACCUUGAAUCAAAUUCCUAGUCCAUGAACGUAAUUAAAAUCAUAGUUAAGAAGUUGAGGUUAAGCUGUACCAACAACCUUCGGAACGCCAGUAGUUUGAUUGUGUGUAUGCGGAGCAGAAGAAAGCCUUUUUCUCGUCUUCUUCUGUAUAUAAACAUGAUCAGGGGUCAUUUUUGUAGCUAUUAGAUCACGUACUUGGAAACAAGAAUAUAUCGGUAGAAGCCUCAGAAAAACUGUCCGGUGGCGAAAAAAAUUAAAAUAAUAGCUUUUUUGAAAUCUCUUAUUCUCAACAGGCUUCUCCGCCAAUGUACCUGAGCUCUUUAUCGAGUUGGGACUUGCCUCGUCUUUUGAACGUCAUUUAUAACGCUGAAUCGUUUGUCGACAUCGCCGUCAUGCAUUAUUUCCCAUCGUGGAUUUACUUCAAAGAUCAAGAGUAAUGAGUGUUCUUUUUCUUCAAAAUGUUUCGGGAAAUCUUGAGGUUUUUCCCACAAAUCGACAACGCCAUCCGCAUGAGUCUUUCGCGAGGAGUCGCGGUGAGACUCCGAUAAAAGCUUGAAGAGCACAUCUGAGGGUUCAGAUACGUAUCUUGGUCUCCGCCGACUCCGACGAGUUCCCUCAGCUCAUGUUCACUUACUUGCGUAGUCUCGAAGUUCUUCACAACGUCGCUGAUAACAGAAUCAUAGAAAUUGUGAGAUUUCAUCAGUACAUCUGCUGGGACUUGUCGAACCAACCAAACUUGCCAAACUAACCGAAAUUUUCAAUCGUUGUCUUCUUGAAGAUGACGUGUUUAGAAGUGCAUGCGGAUUCGCGACGGGGCUCCUGAGUUCAAGCAACGUCGAAUGCAUUCCAAAUUCAUUGUCACUGAUACAACUACAUUCAUAGGUUCGACUAUGAAAGUGAAAAGUCUAGAUGUGAACUUGAGGUUCGUCGAAUUACGUUCCGGAGUACUUCUACCGGUCGAGCGGUACUGCCGUCGCUGUUGUCGAGAAAUCUGGCCGUGGAAAGGUCAACCGUGCAGUUCGAGCAAUAUUCGAAAGGUUCUGAUUUUACAAAACGAGCGUUAUUUUACAAUAAAAACGCUUCAAACAGUCCGAGAUUUUGCGCGCUCUCUUUUCUCUCACCGGAGCGUUCAUCAGAUUUAGGAUACUCAAUAAGAAAGAGCCAAAAUAAGGAGGACUUUCUCAAUUUUCGGCGAAUGAGGAAUAUUUUUCUUCCAAUUUGCAGAUACUGGAGAAGCGACUACGCGAAGCCGUUGGGAUCUGUGGCCCACGGCGAUCCGCUUCCUCCCUUUCCGCUUCUUCCUCCGCUUCCAAUCCUUUUUUAA